UGUGUGGUGUAGCAACCACGUAAACAACGUACGAGAGGAUAUAAUAGUUGAGUAAAUUGUUUACUUGUUCACGAGGUCAGAGUGGAUUUACAAAGGUGUAGACUCAGAUCCUUUGUUGCGUGAGUUAUGACAGGUGGUCAUCCACAAUAUGAUUGUAAAACCUUUCCUAUGAGACUAAAAAAAAAACGUUUUUAGCAAGUUAACGGAGGCCGAUCCUGUUGAUUUUUAUAAUAAGUGACAUCGUGACUGGAUCACAAAACUGAUCGUGAUGGGAGAUAAGGGUGACAAUGAGGUGCCAGGUUCGGCCGGGCGAGGAAAAUUCAAACAUCAGAAUCGUAAGAAACUCACAGCCAAAGAAUUGAGUCAGAUGAAUCCUACACAAAGAAGUAAAUACCUGGCUUAUGAAGGAGCAACAAAGCAAGCAGCUGAAGGGAUCGAGAACUCCAAAAUGAGAGUCUUGGAGCAGAAAAAGAUGGACUUGAUGUCGAGCAAAAAAGCUGCGGAGGUGGAUGUUGAGAAAGAAAAACACAGUCAACUGAUUGGUCAAUUAAAGGCUGCAGAAGCACGAAACAGACUAAGAGUUAUGCGACUUCGGUACCAAAACAACAGGGCUCAAGAAGUCAAACAUCUUAUAUCAUGUCAGCCAACUGCCAUCAAGGCUGUCCGACUCCAAGCCAUGGUGCCCCCCGUUCCAGAUAGAAAUAGCCCCGGUGAUGAGCUUGACAAACUCCAGAGAACACGAGUGGAGACAAUACUUGAAGAUGAGAGAGGUCUUACAAUCAACAGAGAUAUCUCGUGACCAGCUACAAACAUCUUCUCUUAUCUUUGUAAAAUAUAUUGUAACCUUAAUUUAGUAACGAUAUUGUAUCUUGUAAAAUUCACAUUUGUAAGCAAGAUGCUCCAUGAAAAAAUGACAUCACUUUAGUGAUGUUUGACUUCUUACAUGAUGUGAAUAAUCAGAAUAAACUAUAAAUAAUAGUAAACUUUCAAUUACAACCAUGGCCCAAUUUCAUAAAGCUGCUAAGCACAACAAUUUGCUUAGCAUGAAUUUUUUUCCUAGAUUUUCAGGAUAGAAAAUAACAGUUGAAUACCAGUAACAAGCAAUAUUCAACAAAUGGAUAUUUGGUUGGUAAUCCUAUUUUGAUCAAGGUAGAAAUAUCAUGCUAAGCAUUAAUGUUUGUGCUUAGCACCUCUAUGAAAUUGGGCCCAUGUUUUAAUUCUCUUUUGACAUGUUUUAAGGGACAAGAGCUGGUUAGUAUACUCUGCCUGUCUCAGGAGAAAACAAGCAGAGUAUACUGUUUGAGACUGUUGAAUCAAAAUGAUUCAUAGUAACUGUAUUUCCUACACUUGGCUCAAAGUCCGUUUGAUCGCAUUAUAAAACAUAUGUACAAGUUUGCGCAUUUCGUUUUACAUGCUGUACCACUAUUGCAUUACUUAUCCCUAUUGAACCAAAAAUGCCAUGGCCUACAUGUGGUUGUACACUACAUUGUUUUCAUGGAAUCAUGUGGUUAUCAAAAUAAGGAACAGAGAUUAGUAAGGUUUGCAAAUGCUAUUUCCUCAACUUUGACAGUACUUCAGUACUGGAGGAUUAGUACUUUGUCUUAGAAGGUUUGUAAAUUAUGCAUGAUACACAAUUAGGUUUUUGGAAGAAUACAUUCAUUCCACUUUUCUGGUGAUCAAGAAACAUAUCGCAAAGGGAUGGUUCAUCAUUGGUUAUUGGAAGAGUACAUUCAUUCAAAUUUUCUGGUGAUCAAGAAACAUAUCACAAAGAUUGGGCUUUUGGAAGAAGUGGAAUUAAUUCUCAAGAAAUCAACAAUACUAAAUAAACUUAGAAUCACAAGAAUGCUUUAACGUACAGGUAAUUAUGAGAAGUUAUGAAAACAAAAAAAUUUAGUAAACAAUUCAGAAGUUGUUUAUCAUGGUCAAGUAAAAAUAAAGUUUAUAAACAUCCCAUUCAAUUUUGUAAAUAAAAUGUUUUUAAAAGUGAAAUGAACGUGUGUGAACGGUUUCAGUUUUUAAUAUUUUCUCUCAAUACCUUUUUGUACCAUGUAACAUGUUUAAAUAUGACUUGGUUUAAAUAACAAAGUGUGACCUUUGACAAUCCAGAGAAUUCUUGACAGGCAAGAUUUCAUGUUCGGGUGGGAAAGUGGUGUGUCUUGGCCAAGUGGAUAAGAGCACCGAACCCAUGCUCUGGUGUUUCCGUUCAGCAGAGUAUGGGUUCGAGUCCCGGUUG